UCUGAAGCUUCGCGAUGAGGUUGACUCUCGGCGCGAUUGCUGUCCUGGCGCUGCUCGGAUAUGUUUCCGCGCGCUUGGCAAGAAUACUUCCACAACCCUACGUUGAGGGCGAGGAAGGUGUGAUAGUGAAGGGAGAAUGUGAAUUUAAGAUCAACGGUGAUCUGAAUGAUCCAGUGCCGCUCUUUUCGCGACACAGAUCUUUUGAAUUGAUCGUACCUGAUCCCACGGAUACUGUGCGUUUGGUGAAUGGUGAACUCUUGGAUAUGUUUUGUCCGGGAGCGGGCUUCGCGGCUCCCUUUGAGAACCAAACGCAGGUGACGGCCCAGUGUCUCCAGCAGCAGUACUUCCUGGUAGAUGGACUCAUCUUUCCGUUCAUAAACUUCACCUGCGCUGACUGGCCUACCUUCACCGCCCUUCGCACCGGCAGGGAGUGCAACGGAGGCACAGAUCUAGUGCAAGUGGGAUUCGAAUUGGAGGACGGUGGCUUUUUACAGACAUACGAUGUUUGUCAUGACGAAGAGAACGAAGUCACUCGAUAUGUGCAUCACGUGCUAUAUCCCUCCAGCUACGACUAUCAGCAUGGAGUCGGCCGGCCGUCCUUCAUAGAGUUGGACUUUUAUGGAGGACGUGAUGUGAAUACGAAGUAUACUCAGGUGCAGCAGAAUAUCACCAUAAGCGACAUCCUGAGACUGGAUGCCUCGCCAUACUUUAACUACACUGAGGAUCGCAUCCUGGCCCGGGGUCACAUGAUUGCUAAGACGGACCAGAUAUUUGCAGCCCCUCAGAGAUCCACUUUUCUGUUCAUCAACGUCGCUCCCCAGUGGCAGAGCUUUAACGGAGGGAACUGGGAGAAGGUGGAGUCGAGCGUCCGCAAGUUUGUGGCCGAUCGAAAUCUUACCACGGACUGUUAUACUGGGACUUGGGGAGUCUCCACCCUGCCAGAUGUGGACGGCAUCGAAAGGGAGCUCUAUCUGGACUUUGAUGAAAACAACAACGGCUUGAUUCCCGUGCCAAUGUUGUACUUCCGUGUCAUCAUCGACCGGGAGAGCCGCGAGGGCAUUGUCCUCAUUGGUGUUAACAAUCCGUAUGCCAGUCUGGACCAAAUAGAAAACGACUAUGUCCUGUGUGAGGAUAUUGGGCAUCAACUGAGCUGGGUGUCCUGGUACAAGGAGGAUCUCCACGAGGGCUAUUCGUACGCUUGCACUGUAGAGGAUUUCACGAAGGUGGUCAAGCACCUCCCGCUGGAUGAUCUUCAAACGAACGGUGUUCUGGGCCUGGACGACCUGACGACGGUUGCCCCAUCUACUACAACGGACGAUCAAGAAAGCACAACCACACCAGAUUCUACUACAGAUUUGCCAAGUUCAUCCACUGAGUUCUCAACCACUGCUGCUCCUUCAACAACAGAACCAACAGUUUCUUCUACAACUGAUCUUCCCAUCUCAACUACAGCAUUGCCCACCACGGAACAAAUCUCUAGUACAACACCUGCACCGGUCUCAACUACAAAUUCACCAACUACAGAAGAGCCAGUCUCAACCACAACCCAACUUUCAUCGACUGUUCCAUCUACCCCUGCGCCCAGCACCACUACAUCAGCACCACCUGUCCCCUCCAGCACAGUUCCAGCUCCCACUCAAUGCCAGUUCAGCAUAAAUGGCGGUCUCAAAGACCCUGCUCCAUUGCUGACACCCCAGGGAUCUCUCAGCUGGCUCCUUCCCGAUGAACAAGGGGUGUACACGGUAGACGAAGGGUCCUCCAUUGACUUGCACUGUACAGGAGCCCUGGCUAGCCCCUUAAAUCGGUACACGGCUGUCACGGCUCGUUGUGUAGGUGAUGAGAUGUACGAAGCAGAGGACCAGAAGCUAAAUAUUCGAGGUUUUGUUUGCCAAAGCUGGCCGACAUACGAGGCACAGCGAUCGGGGGAGGACUGCGAGGGAGGAACAGACCGUGUACAGAUCGGGUUCGAUGUGGCCGCUGGUGUGCUUGCACAGCUGGAGAUCUGUUACGACGGAGACUCACAGAUCACUCGAUAUGCGAGGUACGAGCUGACACCAGCGAAUGUGGCCUAUCAACGGGGUGUGGCUCAGCCAGGCUACCUGAGAGGUGAUUUCUACUACGGCAAGGAUGUGAACCUUCUGUAUGGCCUUACCAAUCAGCUGGAGGCGUUUAGUGCCGCUUUGGGGCUAGAUGCCAGCCAGUAUUUCGACAGCUCCAGUGAUCUCUAUCUGACGCGAGGACAGCUGGCAGCUCGUCACGACUUUGUGCACGGGUCUGGCCAGAGAGCCACGCACUUCUACGUGAAUGCGGUCCCUCAGUGGAGGAGUGCCAGCAUUGGCAACUGGCAGGCGGUGGAGUUGAGUCUGCGUCAGUUCGUCGCGGAUCAAUCCCUCAAUGUGAGCGUGUUUGCCGGCAGUUGGGGGAUCUCGACUCUGCCGAACGUGGAUGGGGCUCAAACCGAACUCUUUCUGAAUGCUGACACGAAGCAGCUCCAAGUUCCCAAAAUAGUCUAUCGCAUAGUCAUCGAUCAGGAGAGUCGCCGUGGAAUUGCCUUGGUGGUGGUCAACAAUCCGCACAUAUCUUUGGAUGACACCCUUCAGGACUAUGUAAUUUGUGAGGAUGUGGGUGCGCAGUUAAACUGGCUGGACUGGAAGAAGGCUGAUCUCCGGCAGGGUUACUCCUACGCCUGCGCAGUGGAGGACUUUACCAAUGUGGUGAAGGAUUUGCCACUGGAUCAACUGCAUACCACGGGUAUCCUCGGACUCAAUCAGCAGUCUCUGGAAAAUGAGCUCUGCAGCUUUCGUGUAAACGGGGACCUCAAGGAUCCGGCUCCGCUCUUCGUGAUACGCAACACGUUGGGAGAGGCACGCUAUCUGGAGCCGAAUUUGGAUGGCCUAGUCCAGCUCAGACAUGGUGAGGCUUUGGAGCUGCACUGUCUCAAAAACUUUGUGGGACCUUUCUUGGGGUACAGUCGCUUGAAUGCCACGUGCUGGCAGGAACAGAGUUUCCUGUUUCUUGGCAGUCUGUAUCAGCUGCAGGACUUUGUUUGCCCCUCCUGGCCGAGUUACACGGCUCGUCGUACCAGUCGGCAGUGCAACGGGGGCACAGAUCUACUCGAAGUGGGCUUCCAGCUGUCAACCGAUCCAUCCUCCUCCGAUGACGAUUUCCUUCAAACCUAUGAUGUCUGUCACGAUGAGUUGGCCGAGGUGACUCGCUAUGUCCAUCACGUGCUCCACCCGGGCAGUGCUCAGUAUCAGCGUUCCGUGGCAAGGCCCAGCUUCAUCACGGGCGACUUCUACGACGGAAAGGACGUUAACCAGAUGUACACCCAAGUGCAGCAGAACAUCACUGUUAGUGAGAUCCUAGGAGAGGAUGCCUCGCCAUACUUCAACAUCAGCGGAAAUGUGUACCUGGCUCGCGGGCACCUCUCUGCCAAGACCGACUUUGUCUUUGGAGCCGCUCAGAUGGCCAGCUUCUUUUUUGUGAACGUGGCCCCCCAGUGGCAAACCUUCAAUGCGGGAAACUGGGAGCGCAUCGAGGACAGUGUGAGAAAGUUCGUGGCCGAUCAAAACAUCACAGUGGAUUGCUACACCGGCACUUGGGGUGUUUCUACCCUGCCCGAUGUCGACGGCAUUGAGCGUGAGCUCUAUCUGAACUUCGACGAGAACAACAACGGAUUGAUACCCGUUCCAAAGUUGUACUUCCGAGUGAUUAUCGAUCGGGAGAGCAGGAAAGGCAUCGUCUUGAUCGGCGUGAACAAUCCCCAUGCUGAUAUCGAGCAAAUCGAGAAGGAAUAUAUAAUUUGCCAGGACAUUGGCCAGCAACUGACAUGGGUCAGUUGGACCAAGAAUGAUCUAAAGAAGGGCUACUCCUAUGCCUGUGCAGUGGACGAUUUCACAGCGGUUGUCAAGCACCUGCCCCUGGAAGAUCUGCAGGUGAAUGGAGUGCUAGGCGUCUGAGAGCUACAAAUUUCGAAUUACGAAUAUCUGUGAGAGAAAUGAUUGCGAAAUAUCACGAAUUUCUAAAUUGAUAACCAAUCAAGCCAAAAUA